CAUCACGUAUAGAAGGGUACACAUGUCAUUUAUAGACGCAGCGUUAGAACAGAACAGAGAUAGAAAAAAAAAAAAAAAGACAGAGAAAGAAUCCUUAAAAAGGAAAAAAACAUUUAUGAGUGAAAAAUAAAUUUGAUCUCUUUAUAUAUAUAUUUUUCUGCAUCUCAGGGGUUUUGGGAUUCUCUGAUUCGAUCGAUUUCUACACCUCUUCGAUUGGGUGGAUCUUUGUUGAUGGCGAAACUGAGACACUCGCGAUUUCAAGCGAGGAAAUGGUCGACAUUGAUGCUGGUUCUGUUUAUGUUGUUUAUGUUAACGAUUGUUCUCUUAAUGCUUUUGGCUUUUGGGGUUUUCUCUCUUCCUAUUAACAACGAUGAAUCUUCUCCGAUCGAUCUCUCUUAUUUCCGACGAGCUGCUACCGAGAGAAGUGAAGGACUUGGGAAGAGAGGAGACCAGUGGACUGAAGUGCUCUCUUGGGAACCUAGAGCUUUUGUCUACCACAAUUUCUUGUCGAAGGAAGAAUGUGAAUAUUUAAUCAGUCUUGCAAAACCACAUAUGGUGAAGUCAACUGUUGUAGAUAGCGAAACUGGCAAGAGCAAAGAUAGCAGGGUGCGGACAAGUUCAGGGACUUUCCUUAGGAGAGGAAGGGACAAAAUCAUUAAGACCAUUGAGAAAAGAAUAGCUGAUUACACCUUUAUUCCUGCAGAUCAUGGUGAAGGACUUCAAAUUCUUCACUACGAAGCAGGGCAAAAGUAUGAACCACACUAUGAUUAUUUUGUUGAUGAGUUCAACACUAAGAAUGGAGGUCAACGGAUGGCUACAAUGCUUAUGUAUCUGUCCGAUGUUGAAGAAGGCGGUGAAACAGUGUUUCCUGCUGCCAAUAUGAAUUUUAGUUCUGUACCAUGGUAUAAUGAGCUCUCUGAGUGUGGGAAAAAGGGACUUUCCGUAAAGCCGAGAAUGGGCGAUGCAUUGCUUUUCUGGAGCAUGAGGCCUGAUGCUACACUAGAUCCUACAAGUUUGCAUGGUGGAUGUCCUGUCAUUAGAGGGAACAAGUGGUCAUCUACCAAAUGGAUGCAUGUCGGCGAGUACAAAAUCUAGCGUUUUUUGGUUGCUGGACAGUAAACUGUUUCCUUUCAUGGUGGAUGGAAUGCAAUGUUGGAACUAGAAGUUACAGAGAGUUGAUGCUUGUUUUUUCCCUGCGGCUCAGGGCAUUCCUUUGAUGAGUGGGAUUCAAGGUUUAUAUAUCAUCAGAGAAUACCAAAAGAUAGGGAUUUUGUUAGAGUACAUUAGGAUGGCUUAGAGUGACUGUUGCUCAUUGGUAUACACCUAAAGGUCUUGUGUCUUUGAACCGAAGUUGUGUAUUACUUAGUUUUGUGGUGUUCUUUUCUUUUUUUGUGAUUAGAAACAUAAUCAAAUUAAAGAAUCUUAUCUUAAUAUGAAAACUGAAUUGUCA